AUGCAACCCGACACUGAUCAGAUCGUCCUCGUGACAGGAGGCUCUGGCUUCCUCGGACUGCACUGUAUCUCCCAGGCUCUUACAGCAGGCUACACAGUCCGCACGACGAUCAGAUCAGAGAGCAAAAGAAGCGCUAUCAUCCAGGCUCUCAAAAAGGCCAAUACUGCGGACGAAGUACAGAAACUCUCCUUCGUCACAGCCGACUUACUAAACGACAGCGGGUGGGCAGAAGCCGUGAAUGGCGCUUCCCUCAUCAUACACGUGGCGUCGCCAUUUCCCAGCAUUCAGCCAAAAGACGAAAACGAAGUAAUUCAACCCGCUGUGAACGGAACACUACGUGUUCUGAAAGCUGCCAAAUCAUCCGGCACAGUACGACGCGUUGUGUUGACCUCAUCAGCAGUCGCGAUAUCCUACGGCACGAAGUAUAUGAGUGGUAAGGUCUUCGACGAAGAUGACUGGUCUGAUCCAGAUGGGAAGGGGAGUUAUAUCACGGCGUAUGCCAAGUCCAAGACCCUCGCAGAGAAGGUUGCCUGGGACUUCAUCGACCGGGAAGGGGGUGGUCUGGAGCUCACUGUAGUGAAUCCAGUUGGUAUUUUCGGUCCCGCUUUGCUUCUCCCAAACGAAUCCACGACCUGCGACAUCAUCAAAGACAUGCUCCAGGGUAGGUUCCCAGCCGUUCCAAACAUCCGGUUCGGCGUGGUGGAUGCGCGCGACGUGGCUACGUUGCACCUUCUCGCAGCCUCGAAUGAAAAAGCCAAAGGACAACGGUAUCUGUGUGUUGCGGGAAAAUCGGUCAGCCUGAUCGAAAUCAGUAGUAUGUUGAAGGCAGGGCUGGGAUACAAAGCCUCCAAGGCCCCUACCAGGACUUUACCAGAUCUUUUUGUGAGAGCUCUGUCUUAUUUCAUGCCCUCGUUGAAAGGUGCGAUCCCGGAGCUCGGCCCCCCAAAAGAGUUCUCAAACGUGAAGGCUAGAGAGCUCGGCUGGAAGCCUAGAGCGAACGAAGAGGCGAUUGUAUCAUGUGGACAGGCAUUCAUUGAUGCAGGGAUGUGCUAG